GGUUCCUGUUUUUUUGAGGUUAUAAAAAUGUUGAUAUUUGAAAAUGUCAAAAUAAUAUUGAUCAAAUAUUUACUAAUAAUUUGAAAAAUACUAAAGAAAUGACCUCAACUUUUUUAGCGGAAGCAAAUAAGUUAAAAAACUUACAAUUAACACUAGAAAAAAACGAACAAGUAUUAUUAGAACACAUCAAAAAGAAUGGUGAUACUCACAUUAUCGAGUUCCAUGAAGAAUUAUCGUCUUCAAGGAAAAAAGAGAUGGAACACGUUUGGUUGGAAUACAAAAACAUAGUGAAUCCGUUAAAUAAAUUUAAAUCAUUAAUAUCGAAGGAUCCGGUUGAGAUAAUUUCAGAUUUGAAUCAGAUUAAAAGAGAAAUGUUUUUAUUUGGAAAAAAUAUAAAACAUUCAAAAAUUCGGACUAAAGAGUGUUUAGAAAAACUUUAUGAACAAGAAAGAGAGUUGGUUGAUGAAAUAAAGCUUUAUGAACAAAAAAUUGUCCAUUGGGGCCGACAUGUAAAUGUAUCGGAGACAGUAUAUGAUAAAAAUAAGAAAAAUUCUGUGGAUAAGAAUGUUACAGAUUUUUUAAGUUUCCUUUCAAAGCAUGGUGGCCAUACAAAUGGUUGGAAUGUUGAAGAUCAUAGUUUAUUUUUGAAAGCAAAAAGUAGAUGUAAAAAUGUAAAUGAAUUAUGUGAAUAUAUUCAUGCUUUAUUACCAGAUAUUAGUAAAGAAGAAAUUGAAUCUCAUGAAAAAUGGUAUACAAAUUACUUAGAAUUGAAACGAAAACAUAAAGAAGCAAUUAAAAAUUGGAGAAAAGUAAAAUCGGCAAUUCCUCCAAUACAACAUAACAAUAAAGUUAAUAUGAAUGUUAAUGAUGACCAAAAUCGUAUAAAAUCAGCAUAUUCAAAAGAGAAAUUUAAUAAAGAGGAGAUGCAACAGAGAUUAAAGCAAUGGAAGCAAGAAAAAGAAGAAAAAUUAGAGACUGAAAAGAUAAUUAGAAACGAAAUGAAAAGAAGACAACAAGAAAUUGAUGAAAGAAAGAAAGAGAGACAAGAAGAAAUGAAAACAGCAGUUCAAAAAUGGAAAAUGGAGCGAUUGGAAAAAGAACAAAUUAAAAAUUUUGAAAAAUUCGAAUCUGAAAAGCAACAAAAAGUGUUUAGAUCAACAAUGGCGAAUAGAUUGAUUAAAGAAUUUCAAUCUCAAGAUGAGUUAUUUGUAAGGAGACGAAAAGAACUUUGUCAACCAAAAACAAAGAGCUUUGAUAAACUUCCCGUGUGCAAUAUAAAUGUACCAAGAGAUCCAAGAAGACUGCUCAAGCCCACCAAACAAUGGAUUGCAAGACUGAAAACUACCGAUGAUUUGAGAAAGGUUGAAAAACCUGAUAUCAAGUCAAUACCUAAACUUGGCAUUCCAAAUUGGAGAAAAAAUCUUAUGAUUUAAACUAUAAAUCAUAUUUAUUUUCAAUUCUUUUUAUAUUAUAGCUUGGCAAAUCUAUCUUGGCUAAACUUAGUACAUGUUUAUUAUUGUUUUUUAUAAAAUAAUAUAAAAACAGGUGAAGAAUA